AUGGAGGAAGCAAAAGCACGCGCGGAGCGUUUACGAGCGAUGCGCGACGCCGCGUCCUCGUCCAGUACCGACCCGUCGUCGACGGGUGCUCGAACAAUGACUCUUCCCGCACCGUUUAUCGACCGUGGAAACGGCGACGGCGGCUCUUGGGGUGGAUUUUACACCGGCGCGGGAGAUGGAACGUGCGCACCUUCAGGUGGCGUCGGUCGACCCCCACCACCGUUGCCGCCGCCACCUCGUCCGCGAACGCACGAGUUCUCAGGCGGCAGAGGUCGAUGUGGAAGCGGCGGACCGCGCGGGCGCAAAGCUCCGCGAACCGAGCGACACAGCGCGCUCGAUCCGGCGGCGUAUUACAAAGCAACCAUGCUCGUCGAUCCAUGGCUUGAACUUGAGCGAGCACAGGGCGAGACGUAG